AUGAAGCGAUGGGGUCAGGGGGCGAUGCUGUCAGGGGGCGAUGCUGUCAGGGGCGAUGCUGUCAGGGGGCGACGCUGUCAGGGAGCGAUGCUGUCAGGGGGCGAUGCUGUCAGGGGACGAUGGGGUCAGGGGGCGAUGGGGUCAGAGGGCGAUGAGGUCAGGGGGCGACGCUGUCAGGGAGCGAUGCUGUCAGGGGGCGAUGCUGUCAGGGGCGAUGCUGUCAGGGGGCGACGCUGUCAGGGAGCGAUGCUGUCAGGGGACGAUGCUGUCAGGGGCGAUGCUGUCAGGGGGCGAUGCUGUCAGGGGGCGAUGCUGUCAGGGGACGAUGCUGUCAGGGAGCGAUGGGGUCAGGGGGCGAUGGGGUCAGAGGGCGAUGAGGUCAGGGGGCGAUGGGGUCAGGGGGCGAUGCUGUCAGGGGGCGAUGGGGUCAGGGGGCGAUGGGGUCAGGGGGCGAUGGGGUCAGAGGGCGAUGGGGUCAGGGGCGAUGGGGUCAGGGGCGAUGGGGUCAGGGAGCGAUGGGGUCAGGGAGCGAUGGGGUCAGGGGGCGAUGGGGUCAGGGGGCGAUGGGGUCAGGGAGCGAUGGGGUCAGGGGGCGAUGCUGUCAGGGAGCGAUGGGGUCAGGGGGCGAUGCUGUCAGGGAGCGAUGGGGUCAGGGGGCGAUGGGGUCAGGGGGCGAUGGGGUCAGGGGGCGAUGGGGUCAGGGAGCGAUGGGGUCAGGGGGCGAUGCUGUUGGGGGCGAUGGGGUCAGGGGGCGAUGGGGUCAGGGGGAGCUGUUGUCAGGGAGCGAUGCUGUCAGGGAGCGAUGGGGUCAGGGGGCGAUGGGGUCAGAGGGCGAUGCUGUCAGGGAGCGAUGGAGUCAGGGGGCGAUGGGGUCAGGGGGCGAUGGGGCCAGGGGGCGAUGGGGUCAGGGGGAGAUGGGGUCAGGGGGCGAUGGAGUCAGGGGGCGAUGCUGUCAGGGGGCGAUGGGGCCAGGGGGCGAUGGGGUCAGGGGGCGAUGGGGUCAGGGGGCGAUGGAGUCAGGGGGCGAUACUGUCAGGGGGCGAUGGGGUCAGGGGGCGAUGGGGUCAGGGGGCGAUGGGGUCAGGGGGCGAUGGAGUCAGGGGGCGAUGGGGUCAGGGGGCGAUGGGGUCAGGGGGCGAUGGGGUCAGGGGGCGAUGCUGUCAGGGAGCGAUGGGGUCAGGGGGCGAUGGGGUCAGAGGGCGAUGGGGUCAGGGGGCGAUGGGGUCAGGGGGCGAUGCUGUCAGGGAGCGAUGGGGUCAGGGGGCGAUGGGGUCAGAGGGCGAUGAGGUCAGGGGGCGAUGGGGUCAGGGGGCGAUGCUGUCAGGGGGCGAUGGGGUCAGGGGGCGAUGGGGUCAGGGGGCGAUGGGGUCAGAGGGCGAUGGGGUCAGGGGGCGAUGGGGUCAGGGAGCGAUGGGGUCAGGGAGCGAUGGGGUCAGGGGGCGAUGGGGUCAGGGGGCGAUGGGGUCAGGGAGCGAUGGGGUCAGGGGGCGAUGCUGUCAGGGAGCGAUGGGGUCAGGGGGCGAUGCUGUCAGGGAGCGAUGGGGUCAGGGGGCGAUGGGGUCAGGGGGCGAUGGGGUCAGGGGGCGAUGGGGUCAGGGAGCGAUGGGGUCAGGGGGCGAUGCUGUUGGGGGCGAUGGGGUCAGGGGGCGAUGGGGUCAGGGGGAGCUGUUGUCAGGGAGCGAUGCUGUCAGGGAGCGAUGGGGUCAGGGGGCGAUGGGGUCAGAGGGCGAUGCUGUCAGGGAGCGAUGGAGUCAGGGGGCGAUGGGGUCAGGGGGCGAUGGGGCCAGGGGGCGAUGGGGUCAGGGGGAGAUGGGGUCAGGGGGCGAUGGAGUCAGGGGGCGAUGCUGUCAGGGGGCGAUGGGGCCAGGGGGCGAUGGGGUCAGGGGGCGAUGGGGUCAGGGGGCGAUGGAGUCAGGGGGCGAUGCUGUAAGGGGGAGAUGGAGCCAGGGGGCGAUGGGGUCAGGGGGCGAUGGGGUCAGGGGGCGAUGGGGUCAGGGGGCGAUGGGGUCAGGGGUCGAUGGGGUCAGGGGGCGAUGGGGUCAGGGGGCGAUGGGGUCAGGGGGCGAUGGGGUCAGGGGGCGAUGGGGUCAGGGGGCGAUGGGGUCAGGGGGCGAUGCUGUCAGGGGGCGAUGGGGUCAGGGGGCGAUGGAGUCAGGGGGCGAUGGGGUCAGGGGGCGAUGGGGUCAGGGGGCGAUGGGGUCAGGGGGCGAUGGGGUCAGAGAGUGUUGGAUGUUCCUGAACUUCAAAUCCACAUUUACACCAUAA